UGGUGAAAUAAUUGUUUUAUUUUCCUCAAAUAGCAACAUUUUCUUUUGGCAAGCAAAACAAAAUUAUUUUCGAUCAUUUAACAUCGAUUACUUAAUUUUUUGAAGAAAUAGAACUGAUAUAUGUAUAUAUAUAUAUAUAUUAAAAAACAAGUGUGCAUCGAACGCCUCCGCUCUGUUUAAACAUAAAGACUAACAGUCGAGAUUCGACGCUCUCAGUAGCAUCCCGACGCCGACUUAUAAACGACCACUGCAAUCAUGGCCAAACGUAACAAAGAAGUAGAAACCGAAGUUCUCAACUGGAUCUUCGCUUGUUUGGGCGAACCAGUACCGAAAGGAGAAUUCGAAGACAUCUUAAAGGACGGCGUCGUCUUAUGUAAUCUAAUGAACAAACUCACGCCUGGAUGUAUAAAAAAAAUCCAAACGAAAGGGACGAAUUUUCAGUUGAUGGAGAACAUCCAGAGGUUUCAAGCCGCCGCCAAAAAGUACGGAUUACCCGAAGAGGAAAUAUUCCAGACGGCUGAUUUGUUUGAAAAAAGGAAUAUAGCUCAAGUAGCGAUAUCUCUAUUUUCCUUAGGACGUAUCACUCAAAAGCACCCCGAAUGGAACGGUCCUACUUUAGGACCUAAAAUGGCCGAAGAAAAUAAGAGAAAUUUCACUGAAGCGCAACUCAGGGCGCAUGAAGGUGAACUUAACCUCCAAAUGGGUUUCAACAAAGGCGCUUCUCAAUCUGGAUUAGGAGCUUUCGGAAAUACUCGACAUAUGUAAAAUAUUUUUGGCAUAUUUUUGUUUAUUUUUUUUUUUUAAGAAAUAUAUGAUUAUUUUGGUUUGAUUUAGUUACGUUUUACAAUUUAUAAUUCGACGAAUUUGCUUUCGUAUAUUACUUUUUGACAUAUUACUAAUUUAAAUGUAUUAAAUAGAUUCUAAAAUAUAUAUUAAGAUAGUUUUGGACA